AUGAAUAAAUUUGAUGAAAAUAAUGGCAUUCAUUUACAAACAAUUGUUUCAGAAUUAAAAAAAUUUGCACCACUCUAUCUUGCUGAUGAAAAAUGGGAUAAUGUUGGUCUCUUAGUUGAACCGGAUAUUUCAUAUAUAAAUACUAUUUUGUUAACAAAUGACUUAACUGAACCGGUUAUCAAUGAAGCAAUAGAAAAAAAUGUUCAACUAAUUAUCUCCUAUCAUCCUCCGAUAUUUAGUGGAAUGAAACGAUUAAUACGAUCAAACUGGAAAGAUCGAAUAAUCUUGAAAUGUAUAGAAAAUCGCAUUGCCAUCUAUUCUCCUCAUACAAGUUGGGAUGGAGUAGAAAAUGGUGUCAAUCAAUGGUUGACAACAGCAUUUGGAAAAGUUCAUGAUGAUUUUGAUGUUACACCGAUAGAAACUUUGAAAAUGGAACAAACACCUGGUAAAAAUCAGCACAUUCUAACAAUCGUAUUACCAGGAACUGGUGAAAGUAUUCAAAGACAGUUGAAUGAUGUCAGUGGUGCAUAUAUACAAAGUGAGACGGAAUGUCUUCAUAAUAACUUACCGUCAAAACAAUUGAUGGUGGCCUGUUCAAAAGAAGCUGUAAUAUCAAUUUGCAACAUAUUUAAAGACAAUAUUGAUAUAUUCAAAACAAUUCAGAUUGUCGACGUACAAAAACCAUUGGAUGCAAAUACUGGUUACGGACGUUUAGUAGAAUUAAAACAAACGUGUACAAUAAGUGAAAUAGUUGAAAAAGUAAAAAAUUUAACAAGUUUGAAAUACGUUCGUUUAGCGUUAGCUAGUGGGAAAUCAAUAACUUCAUCUGUGCGCACAAUUGCCGUGUGUGCAGGAUCUGGAUCUACUGUUUUAUCGAAUGUUCGUGCUGAUAUUUAUUUUACUGGCGAAAUGUCUCAUCAUGCCGUUUUAGAUGCUAUUCACCGUGGUACAACUGUUAUAUUAUGUGAGCACACAAAUACGGAACGUGGUUUUCUAAAACAAUUUAGGAAGUAUUUUAUGGAAAUCUGGGAAGGAAAAAUGAACAUAAUUCUAUCGGAAAAAGAUAAAGAUCCAUUAGAAAUUGUUUGA